AUGAAGUACAAUCUUCUUUCUGCGACGGUAUCCGCUGCCGCCAGCAUCGUCGUUGCGAGGAACAUCUACGUAGCUAGUUACGCCGGGCCCGUAUAUCGUCUAGCCUUCACCAGCAACGUCGAUGGGAGUCAUUCGUUACGGGAGGUCGGCUCGACGUUGGGAUGUGGUCGUAAUCCGGGAUGGUUGGAACUUGAUCCGGUAACGGACACGCUAUUCUGCGCAAAUGAAGCUUACACAAUCACCGACGCUGGCUCAGUAGCGUCAUUUUCCAAAGAGUCUCUUUCAAUACUCGGCAACAUCACUACCGAUUAUGGCCCAGUGCAGUCGGCAUUUUAUGCUCCUAAUCGCUUGGGAUUGGCUCACUACUCGGGAGGCGCGGUCUCUGUCGUUGAUACUUCGGAUCCGAGUAACUUGGUCGAGCUCCAGAGCUUCCACUACUUCAUGGACAAGCCUGGCCCUAACUCGACGCUGCAAGAUAAGCCGUAUCCCCACGGCAUCGUCGCCGACCCUACCGGGAAAUUCGUAGUGGUGCUCGACCGCGGCGCGGACGCCCUGCGGACAUACGCGGUAGGAUGGGAUGGCCGGUUAGUUGAAUUAGGCGCGCAUUAUAUCGAGCCCGGGAACGGGCCGCGCCACGGCGUCUUUGUUAAAGGUAGUAAUAGUAAGACGUUCUUCUACGUGCUCGGCGAGCUUACCAAUUCGCUGCACGGGUUCGAGGUCGUAUACCGAAAAGACGGGACCCUGGGUUUCAAGCAGUUCUACAAGGACAGCGCGUACCAGACCGGGUUUGGCGACGCCGCCGGGGUCGCGAUACCGGCGGAGAUCGCGGCGGUGGAGAACGAAAACGGUAGACAUAUUGUGCUUUCUACGCGCGACGAAGGCCGAAGCGUAUACCGCGGCGAGCGGAGCGACACUAUCACGGGCGAUCCUGCGCUCGUGGGGCUUACGGCGUCGGGAGGUCUGUGGCCGCGGUCGUUUGCUAUUAGCAGGGACGGGACGCUGCUUGCGGCUGCGAAUCAACAUAGCGUUCCGGGGCGGCUUGUUGUGUUCUCGAGGGAUCCCGAGACGGGUGUUAUAGAUGAUCAGUGGCCGCUGGUGAUGUGGACUACGGAUGAUACGUUCCCUGAUGGCCGGGGCAUAUCGCAUGUUAUAUGGGAUGAGUGA